CCUCAACGAGCCUGCAGCUCAUGCAUCAUGGCUGCGGGCAACUUGAAACCUCCGACAACAAACCUACUUUCCCAUGACGAGAGGAGGAGGAUUAUCCAUUCCGUUCGCAAGAUUGGCGCGAUAACAGGCUCGACUCCGAUCGUUCAAGACGAGCUUCACUUGUUACCUGCUAUGGAAAUCAUUCUUCCAGCUCUUGCUCGGCGGUCAUCCAAGCGUGAAGGAGUUGUGAUGCCCUCCGAGACGUCUUCUCUCGAUACGGAGCUGGGCAAGAAAGUUGAGGUGCAACACCGGCCACCCAUAGCCAAACUCUGCCUCGCGCCCGACUUGCGCAAUUCCAUCUCCGACAUCACACGCCUCCGGCUUAUUCUCACUCUCACCCAACCAACGGCCCAAUCCUCUUCGUCUACUGAUACCCAUGAAGAUGACGACGACGCAGAUUCGGUGCUCCAACAAUCGUUAAAUAUCCUUAUUUCGACGACCCCUUCCGACUCGGAACAUGCUGCCCGACGCAAGAAGAUGGUCAAACUGGGUCAAAUACUUGGCCAUUCAGUCCCAUCUGCCGCUGCAUUCCCCUCAGCGAUGCCAGAUCGCUCGCGGGCGUGUGACAGGACUAAACGGCAUUCACGUCGUCGCUCCCGCUCUGUCCCGCCUCCCUCUGCAUACCCUUUCGCGGAAACUAAAUCCGGGCCUACAAAAUUAGUCCGCAAGCCAUCUGUUGAGCAAAAACCCCUCCCAGCGCUCACCGUAGACAUCAUUUCCCGACCUCGUCCCCUGAUACCCAUGUCUGGUCCAUGUCCCCCAUCGAAAAACAGCUAUGCGGAGUUAAGGUCGCGGCAAAGCACCGUUUCCUCCCUCAGUAAAGCUUCUUACGGUCUCAAAAGACGAGCCCGGGAAACGUCGUCUCACAACACAUCGGAAUCCUAA